GGGGCGGCGCGGAGCGGCUCGCCCAGCCGCCAGUGCCUGCGAGCUCCGGGCUGCUUGGGGAAUUCACUUUGCCCCUUUUACGCUUCUCCCUCCUCGGGAUUCUUCUGGUGGCUCUCUGGCUCCGGCCCUCUCCUUUCCUUUAUACGGAAAACUUCGCAGCGAUUCCUCUUUCCCCUUGGAGGAGAGGAUUAAAAGUUCCAAGAACUGGUGCCGCCCGUGCGGCUCGGGCGCCGGGACGGGGCUUGCCGGCGGGGUUCCAGUCUCGCCAUGUGCACCAACAUAGUUUACGAGUGGCUGAAAGCGCUGCAGCUCCCGCAGUACGCCGAGUCCUUCGUAGAUAACGGCUACGAUGACCUGGAGGUGUGCAAACAGAUCGGGGACCCGGACCUGGACGCCAUCGGGGUGCUGGCUCCCGCGCACCGCCGCCGCAUCCUGGAGGCCGUGCGCCGGCUGCGGGAGCAGGAUGCCGCCGCCGCCGGCCUCUACUUCACUCUGGAGCCGCAGCCGCCGCCCGUGCCGCCCGCGGUGCCCGUGCCCUCCGGCCGCCGGGGGGAGCCGUGUGGCGGCCCGGCCUCGGCCGCCCCCCGCAGCAGGGAGCUGGUGAGCUACCCCAAACUGAAGCUCAAGAUCAUGAUCAGGGAUAAGCUCGUCCGCGACGGCAUUCACCUGAGCAAGCCUCCGUACUCCCGCAAGGUCCCAAUGGCCGGCAUCCUAGAGUACUUAAUGAAUUGGCCGAAGUCAUCACAGAACCGCUAGAUAUCAUUUUUGAGAACUCGUGGAGGACUGAUGAGGUGCCUGAAGACUGGAAAAGGGCAUAUUUAGAACCUUCUUUCAAAAAAGGGACAUGGAUGAUGACCUUGGAAAUACUCAUCAGCUUAACUUUUUGCUUGGAAAAAUUCUGGAAUAAUCGAUUUGUAUACUGGGUAACUAACUUACAACAGCUAGAAAUGAGGCAGUGAAACAUCACAUAAAGAACGGAGUUCAGUUUUGAGAUAAGGUCUUGUGCAUAUUUUGGGGACUCUCCUGUCCAUUCUCUGAAUUCUUGGGGAAAAUAAAUGAGGUUGGCUGAGGCAUUUGGGUGAUAACUAAUUGUAAGUGUAAUAUAAGACAAAAAGCAGGUUUCUGGCAUUAGCUUGCCAGAAUACACCAUCUCCGUAUUACCUUUAACUUGAGAAUUAGUAGCUUUCGUUUUAUAUUUUAACAUACAUCUUCCUUUUGCUUCAUAUGGGACCAUGUUUUUGUGGGUUGAAGUUUUUUUUAUAGAAUUCAAUAUAGGAUAGUUUUGUGACGGAAUUCUUAUUUUAAGGUGCUUUUAAUAAUCAUUCAUAUAUAGGUAGAAUCAUAAAACUGAUGAAUUAAGGAACAUCGCCCAGGGAAGACCAUGUUUUCUAAGUUCUCAUUUUUAAUUUAACCUGGCUAAAGUUUAACAUUAGGACCAGUAAGAGUGUCUUGCUCUCCCAGAAGCCCAGCAAGAGCCAGAUGUGACGUGAUAGCUAGUUUCCCUCCUUCCCUGGGGACUGUCAAGGUCAAUGUUGUGGCCAAUCCCACCUCACUCCCCAGGUUUCUGAAGUCGGGCCUGUGGGGGCAGUGAGGUCGAUAAAACCACUGGCCGCAUAACCACAGCCAGAAAGGAGAGUAGAAGGGAAAAAAAGACAAAUCUGGAUUAUUUCUCAUUGUUACUUUUCUUGCCUUUGAAUGUCAGUAGUUUUAUUUCCUGCUUAGAAAACACAGCCAUGUUGAUGGGAUCAAAACGAAUUGAAAGGAAGUUAUCAAAGAAGACACAGAUACACAGGAGGCUCCCGGGGCAAGCAGCUUCAGAGAGGCCCUGACCAGUCCUGCUUUACAGAAUCUUUCCCACACUGCUUGGAAAUAUACACGAUAUGUACAUUUGCAUCAGCAUUGUGAUUCUUAAGAGUAGGAAGAGACUCUCAAAGGAAAAGCGGUUUCCAUUCAUUUUCUUCCUGGUGCAUACUGGUCCCUAGGUGAGCAGUUAAGGACUCCAAGGGCAUUUUUAUCAUGGUACUGCUUUAAAAAUCUAAGGUUUACAUAGUUUAUCUACUUCUAGAGGUUAAUUUAGACACUGUAAAAGCAGUCUCAUUCUUAAAUGCAAUGCAAGGAGAUUAAACUCAAAAGCAUGUAUAAAUUAUCCUUUAAACUGUACGUAGCUUGCAGAUAAGUAAGGAUUAUACUCCAGUCAACCUUUUCGUCAUUUUUUAAGUGAACCAGUCUUUAAAAUUUCCAAGCUAGAUUUUUUUUUAAGGAGUCGGGGUGGGGGGAGGAUUCUGUAUAGAUUACAGAUAUAAUUUAUUGUGAUAAUAAAUGGCUUCCUGUUCAAGACCUCAUUUCUAGAUGCAGCAUCGGUGGUAGAUUUAUUUCACAGACAUUUACAUGGAUUUGUUGAACUGUUGCUAGAAAGGAUGCAAUUUCUGAAAAAUCUAUUCACCAUUGGUAUCAUGGUACAAUCUAUUGCAGCCAAAAGAAAAUAGGGGGUGGGACUCUGGUCAUUUAAAGAUUUAUUUUCUAGUUGUGUAACGCCUAACUUUAAUUAUCUUACUACCUUUAAAUCUCUUUGUGUCUGCUAGUGGAAUGUGAAAAUAAUGAUUCUCUACCUAAAUUAAAAGUCACAGUCAAGAAUGAUGAACUAGCCAAUGGACUUGUAAGACUUCUUACCUAAAGCCAGAGGAAGAAAACUUUAAGUAGGGAAGUAUUAAAGGAAACCCAUUAAUUCUUUUGCAUUAAAUGAAGAUCAGGUAAGAGUUAAAAUAUAAGAGAAAGGAAGGAGUCUUAAGUAUGAAUUGUAUCUGGAGAUAAUUACUCUUAGGAUGAGUAAUUAUUUCGUAGCAUUUUUUCUUUUAUCUAACAUUUAUGAUAUUCUUAAUAUUUUAAGAUAAAGGAGGUAGCUAAGGGACAAAUAUUGCUAUCACAACCAGAGGAGUAUCUUGAUUUAUAUAUCCUAGAACAUCAAGAGACAUUAAUUAGAGACUUUGUUUCAUAACAUUGAGGAAUUUGGAGGAUUAUAGCCAAAUUCUUGUUCAGUUCAUCUUAUAACAAAAUUUUGGGGGCUGAGGAAGGAAAAAUUUUAUUUAUAUCAGCUAUUUUUUGACUUAGGAAGUGCAUAAUGUUCAGGGCUCCCUCCCACUAAAGGAAUUGAAGCAAAUUAGAGUAGCUCUACUCAAGCAGUUUCUCAGCCCAGAGAAGUUUACAGCAUCUUGUGUUGUGAAAUCAACAACAAAAACAGUAAGCCUUGAGUUUUUACUUUGGAGCUACUCAGCUCUUAGUUCAAAUUAAAAUCAUGCUGAUUGCCUUUUCAGGUGGUGAAUCUGUUCAGAACAUAAAUUAUAGUGUAGCAUGGGGAAUGGUCUUGAACGAUUAUUGAACUAAUCAUCAGCUUUUUGUUCUUGUCCAUAAAAUAGGAAAAAUAAAUACCUUCUGUAAUUCUUAAGAGGCUUAGCAUUUCUGCACCAAACACCCACAGAGUUCCUGGCCCAGUGCUUGACAGAUAGUAGGUACUGAGUGCCUUCUUCCCUUCCAUUUUUUACUCUGUUACUUUCUUUAUUUCCUCUUAUAUGAAAGAAAUUACCUUAAAACUGACUAGAAAACUCUAGCGUAAAUUGACAUGUCCUUAUUGCUGCCUUAGACCCACUGAACAACCUUUUGCUUUCUUUUAGAAAGGUUACUGUGGCCACUCACAGCAGGAGUUCAGUAAAUGCUUAUUGAUUAAAUGAAAAGAAUGUGAUUUUUAAAAACAAUGAGCAAAUGUGUAAGGCCAGCACUUUUCAAGGCUUGGGGAAAUAGUCACAUAGAUGCAUAUGAAGGUAUUUCUUUUUUAUAGUUUUAGGUUUAUAAAUUUGGUGUACAGGUUAGUGAGUAGCAUAUGUGCAUUUUCAUCUGAUUUUGUGACUGUGAUUUACAAAUUAGGAGUGCAAAUGGGCAUUUCCCCAUAGAGUCUUCUGGGAUAAAUCCGGCAAGAUACCAGGCAGAUGAUGGUGGAUCAGCAAACUUUUCUAGCUGAAGAGAAACCAGAUGUGCCGGUGACUAGGAAACACCUGCCAGAAAACUGUGAUGAACCUAUCUGGAUUCUUUUCUGGAAAGAGUCUGAGUGCCGUAAACAGGUUCCUCGCCUGGGCAUUGAAGAGUAACAAAAAAGAGAGGUUAAAGAAAAUUACAUUUUUAGACAAAAUAUUUGGUUUAUAUAAAUUUGUAUAUGUAAUAUUAAAUUAGGUAUCAAAACAUCAGGUUCAGGCAGGUAGAAGAUUUCUGAAUUUCAAAGUAAAAUGAGGAGUAAGGAGUAGAAUAUUAUAUCCAGAGAUAUAUACGGGAAAUAAGCAAGAGCCUGACCUUAAAUUGCCAGUUCUCAGUUCAGACCAAGGACCAAGUAAUAGGCAAUGCUUAGAAGUCAGCUGCCAACUUGUGCUUUGACUAAAGCCACGGCAGAUGCUGUAUUAAACAAAGUAAGUUGCAUAGAGCAGAGCCCAUCAAUCAGCUAGGUUUACUCUUCCCGAAGUUUCUAGACUCUUUGCAAUCUCAGUGGUUAUCAGUUAGAUAUUCCUACACUAGAUGUUUUACACUAUCAUAUUCUUUGAUUAGAAAAUUCUCGUUAGCAUUCUAUUAUUAAUCUCUAAGGAUAUAAAAUCAAGCUUCUACUCCAUGAUGACUAUGACAGUUAUUUCCAUGAAAGGGAAACACUUAAAAAAAGAGUGGUAGUUCAGAAAAAUGAAUAAUAUAACUUUUUAUUUUGAAUUAUCAACCUCUAUGUUUUCCUUUAAAUUGUUUAAAUUCCUGGAAAUGAAGUUUUAUUUUUUAUUGUUUUUGUUAAACGAUAACUUUUAGAGGAAAAUGGGAGGUUAAAUUCCACAUUAAGAGCUGGGUGGGUUUUUUUUUGUUUGUUUUUUGUUUUUGUUUUUUGACAAUUCGACCAAAAUUUCUUCCAACUGGUACAAAAGGAAGGACAUCAACUUUGCAACAUUAAGAUGAGAAGUGUCUUCUGUACAUGUGUUCUGUAUCAUGCCCUUUGUCAGAUGAAUUUCCCCUUAUUAUUCCAAAAAUAAAAUGCUGAGUUGAAUAUCCUCAGGGCAAAGUGGUGUAUCAAUUGGGGCAAAUGGUAGAAAUUCUGUUGCAGUUGUUGUCCUGGUCCCUAAACUUGACAAUACUCUGAGAUACUCUUUGGGUGACUACAGCCAUUAUUCAUUGAAAAGUUCUGCCCAUCGGGAAAUGUGUGCAUAGGUCUAAAUUAUCAACAUGUGUACAUCUAAGUAGCUGAGCACAGAUUCAUUCUAAAUAUAAGCUGCAGUUUGGUUUUUGGAAAUGUAAUUGUAACUGACACCUUCCCCCCCCCCCCCCGCCCUUUCAUUAAUUGUUUUUAAAAGGGAUUGAAUGAGAAGGCUCUAUUAAAAGCUUAAUUGGAACAGCAUCACGAAUCAUGGAUUGUAUGCCCAUGCAGCGCUGUGAUUUGCAAACAUAUGUCCGCUCUUCAAUAAAUGUUACGGCUUUCA